CCUCCUAGAAGCAGAAGUUUUUCACAACCUCUUCGCCAAAUCGAGCAAACCAAUAGACAACUUACAAUCAUGGACACCAGCAUUACCCCCUCAGGCUCUAGAAUCCCACGGAAUCCCUUCACCCGGGCCUUCACCUCUCAUAGUCGCCAUAAGCAGACCCUCUCCGACUUGUCCUCCUUACAAAGCCUGAACAGCGCCCUCAGUGCCCGUCUAUCGCAGGUACUCCCCCUGGAAGAGGCUCUGCAAUCCGAAGUCACCACCCUCACAGAGAGCCUCAAUGUCCUCUCCUCGGAAGGCGCAAGGAUGAAGAGUGAGAACGAUAGCUUGAGGCAGCGUCUGGAAGCUGCCAAGUUCCUGACUACAGGGUUCAACACUCAAGUGGAAGAGCUUAGUAAAGCUCUACACCAGAGCCUGGCUAAUCAACGAGUGGAUAUGUGGGAGAAUGAUACCGCGACUGCCAAAGCGUUGAGUACCGCGAAAGAAAAAAAGGCAGCGAUCAUGGAUAUCAUGUCUAGCCUGUCAAAGCGAGAUGAGAUCAAGCGCUUUGUUACAGACGUUCUACAAAGCCAAGUGGACUACGCCACUACAGGAGAUUUCAUUUUCAACAAGGAUGAUCUGGUGAGGGCCAUGGAUUUGGAUCCUUCGAUCAAUAAUGGGAGUUUUGGGUGGGAGAUGCGUUUGGGGAUACCUGGAAGUAAUGGCUUCAAGACCGCCGAGAGCGCCGCCAUGGAUGAAACCGUCAUUUUUUUGGCCACGCAAGGUGCCGAAGCUUUGAAAACUCUGCCAUCAACCUAUGUCUAUUCCAGACCCGUCCUCGAAAAGAUACAAAAAUGUGACUGGGACGGAAUCAGCUCGGCAGCUUUUACCAAGUUACGAGGUCCGAUCAGAGACCGCCUCACCUCGAACGCUAAAACACGACUUACCAAGGAAGCGAUGGGACAAGGGACGUUGAGCAGGCUGAGCAUGAUCACUAUACCGUGGAUCGAUGAGACGACUGGAAAACUGAAUGUGGAGAUGGGCUUUGAAUCAAGGGAUGGGUACUUUGAAAGCACGGGAAAGCCUAACACGAUCGAUUUGGGUUCCACUUUACUCCUAGGUCUAGAGAGUUGGAAGCUGGAAUAAAAUAGUGCCGGUAAAGUAUUUUGGUAUGCUUGAGCAGGAAGUAUGCAGCAGUAGGCUCCUUUGAGA